CCAGUGCCUGCGUGGCAGGGCAGGGAGAGCUCUUUCCACUGCCGGCUGCUUCUCCACAUGGGAAGCCUUAUUCUUUUCCUUCCUUCAUUCCUUCUCUCUCUGUCUGCCUUCCUUCCACAGGCUGCCGGGGAGAGGAGCAAGUCUGUGAUUUUAGUAAAGAACCUCCCUGCAGGGACACGGGCCUCUGAGCUGCAGGAGAUCUUCAGCCGCUACGGCAGCCUGGGCCGCGUACUGCUGCCCGAGGGAGGCAUCACGGCCAUCGUGGAAUACCUGGAGCCUCUGGAAGCCAGGAGAGGCUUCACCAGCCUGGCCUAUUCCAAGUUCCAUGAUGUUCCCUUGUAUCUGGAAUGGGCACCAAUGGGGGUCUUCUCUGGCCACCUCCCUCAGACCAAAGAACAAGAUGACAAACCUGGAGGAGAAGAGGCAGCUCAGACUGAGGCUGGGCCGGAUGGCGAAACUACAGAAAACACACAAGAGAAAAGAGCAGCAGCCCCGGAAGAGGAAGAGGACGAUGAAGAUGAAGAAGACGAGAGUCUUCCCGGGUGUACUUUGUUCAUCAAAAACCUCAAUUUCUCCACAACAGAGGAGACAUUGAAAGAAGAAGAGCCAGGAUGUGAGCUUGGCUGGACUGGAGAGCUCAUGAUGGAGCUGGGCCAUGAGCGGCUUUGGGGCCAAACAGGGGAGUUUCCAUUUGUACUUCAAAGUUGGGGAGCCCCUGAAGUCUGGAACACAGUGAUGAUGCGACCAGACCUGCUCUUCCCAGAAUCCCCUCAGCAGGUUGUGCGGAGGCUGGAUUGA